GCGGACAGCGACAGUUAGCGGGAUGCGACGAGCGGCGGGCGGCGGGCGGCGGGCGAGGGACGAUGCUUGGAGUACGCGGGUCUCUUACUCGAGAAGCUCCUGGUACGACUGGGCAAGCUAAGACGGACACGGUCUGGGUCAGUAACACUCAAACACUCCCAGCCAGCAGACUCCGAAGAUGCGAGAGACACACACAGAGAGAGAGCGAGAGCGAGAGAGAGAUAGAGAAACAGAGAGGAUGCUACGCACCUUGGCCUUCCGCCCAAGCGCCUCAGCCUUCACCUUGGUUGCGAGCAUUCCUCCGCCGCGAUGGGGCGGAAUCCGGCCGUCAUCCGCUGCUGGAUCGAGGACCUGGGAGUCCCAGUGCGUGCGUGUCACGGUGUGCGAGGGCCGAGAUCAACGGCUUGCGCGGCCCGACUGAGGUGCUUGCGAAUACGGAAUUACCGUGGGCGCUUUUCCCGACGUUCGCAGAUGGCGUCGGGCUUUUGGAGCUUGGGCAAGCCGAACGCAGUCGAAGUGGGUCCGCCGGUCAGUUCAGGGGUCGGACGAGGCGGCUCACGAGCGGAUCGGCCGUGGGGUUCUCAGCAGGCGUUAAACGUUAACAUGUGCCCGGAACGGACUUUAGCGUUAGCUAACCCGAGGACUAGCUACCGCCGGCACAAAUGCGGCCGCCUUCUUUGGGGUAACGAGAGGAAUGCUUCGUGGUAGGCUAGACAGGAGGGAGCUGGCGCCAGAUGGCGAGACAGCGUUCAACACGCUGGACGGAGCUGGGACGCGAUUGUGGAACGGGGUCUUCGGGCAGAAGGUCCAAAAUUGUUACACUGGACAUGAAUACGACAGUAUUCCGU